AUGGUUCGCAAUCUUGUUGUCAUCGGGGGCACUUCCCACCCGCAGCUGACCGAAUCUAUCUGCGGUGUGCUGGGAAUCCCACCCGCGGAGGUUCUGCUCUCUAAGUUCGCCGUGGGCGAGACCCGGGUUGAGAUCCAAGAGUCUGUCCGUGAGAAAGACGUCUACAUCAUCCAAUCCGGAGGUGGCAAGGUUAAUGAUCACUUGUUGGAGCUCCUCAUUACCAUCUCCGCCUGCAAGACCGCCUCUGCUCGUCGAGUCACCGCUGUCCUUCCUCUUUUCCCUUAUUCUCGCCAAAGUGAUAUCCCAUACGACAAGGCCGGAGCUCCUCUUGUCAAGUCAUCUGUGGUGAAUCGGCCCAACAAUGGUUACACUUUUGAAAGUACCCCUCCCACCCCGGGUCCGGGUAAGCCCGAGGGACUCGGAUUGAUGAACGGUAUCGACAAUCUCCAGAAAAGCCUGGCAAAGGCCCAGAUUGAUGAGAGCAAUGGUAGCCCUGUAAAACGGCGCACCGGCAACGCACUACCACGCAGUGAGACUACCGACUCGCUUAAGUCCACUACAACGGCGGAGGAUACCGCGAGCACUGUAUCCAGCGCCAAUGCUUCCAAGAUCAAUGCAUUCCAGCCCCGUCCCGGCUAUAAGCAGUGGGUUGCGCAGGCAGGCACUCUGGUCGCCGACCUGCUCACCUGUGCGGGCGCCGAUCACAUCAUCACCAUGGAUCUGCACGACCCUCAGUACCAGGGUUUCUUUGACAUCCCUGUCGACAACCUCUACGGCCGUCCUCUUCUGAAGAGCUAUAUCCAACGCACUAUUCCCAACUACAAGCAGUCUGUUAUUGUCAGCCCCGAUGCUGGCGGUGCCAAGCGUGCAACUGCAAUUGCUGAUCAGAUGGGCAUCGAAUUCGCCCUCAUCCACAAGGAGCGUCGCCCCACCAAGAUCACAGACCGCCAGAAUGCCACUAUGAUGCUGGUCGGUGAUGUCAAGGAUCGCAUUGCUAUUCUGAUUGAUGAUCUGGCGGACACCUCUAACACCAUCACUCGCGCUGCCAAGCUUCUGAAGAAGGAGGGUGCCUCCAAGGUUUAUGCCCUGGUGACCCACGGUAUCCUGAGCGGCGACGCCAUCGAUCGUAUCAACGCCAGCGCGCUGGACAAGGUUGUCGUGACCAACAGCGUGGACCAGGGCGACCACCUGCGCCGAUGCCCGAAGCUUGAGGUCCUAGAGGUUGGCCACGUUUUUGGCGAGGCUAUCCGUCGUGUUCACCACGGUGAGAGUAUCAGUGUUCUGUUCCAAUAUGAUUAA